AUAGUGGCUAAGUUAAGUUUGGAGUACGAUGUUGCUGGAAGUUAUCGGUAUCUUAGUCGUUCUUUGGCUAGUAUACAAAGUUGCUAAUAUAAAAUAUGAUCACUGGAGAUACUCUCACUUGCCCGGCCCACCAAGAGAAAGCUUCUUCUUAGGAAAUGCUCCGGAAUUCAGAAGACGACUGUUAGCUGAUGGUUCAUGGGGGCCUUUCUGGCUGGAUAUGGUCCGUGAACAUGGUAUCAUAUUCCGGUUUUGGAUGGUGAUGAAGCCUAUAGUAUUUGUUGCAGACCCGCUAUCCCUAAAAGAAAUGGUCAGUGACUUCAAGACAUACCCUAAAAUCCGCGAUGGUAAAGGCUUUAUAGCUCGGAGAUGGGUAACACUAGAUCUACAGAAAAUGUACACACAACGGUUCUGUGGACAUAACAGUCUUUUAACUACUGUUGAUAUGGAUAUAUGGAGACGGAAGAAGAGGAUUAUGGAUCCAGCAUUCAGUAAAUCGGGUCUAGCGAGACACCUGACUGAGUUUUACAACAUAGGUAUUGAUUUGUGCGAUAAUAUCGAAGCAAAACAAGAGGAAACCCCGGGUGAACCAAUUGACGUGACGAGCAUUGUAGGACCCGCCAGUAUUGAUGCUAUCAGCAGAGCAGGAUUUAGUGCUACAGACGAUGAAAUGGAGAGGUUGCGAGACCAAGGAGGGGAUGAUGCUUUUGACUUAACCACCCAGCUCAUGUCCAAAGCUGGAAGCGUUCUUGCUAUGGUGCUUGAUUCUAAAACAAGAAAGAUUUUUGUUAAAUAUGCUGACGGUAUCAAACGUAUCAGAAAACUUGGAGCUCAGAUGAUAAUGGAAAGGACUUCUGGCGAAAAACAUGGUCGUGUUGGGGAUAUUCUUGACUACAUUAUUAGUGCCAAUACGGAUGAUAACAGUGGUAGGUUUGACAUGGAAGAAGGUUUGGACGAUUUCAUGACAAUGUAUGCAGCCGGUAACGCUACCACCAGUACAACACUACUUUGGUGUUUGGGACAGCUUACAAGAAAUCCUGGUGUUAUGGACAAACUGGUUGAUGAGAUAGACGAAGUUUGGGGAGCAGCUGGUGUAGACAGAUACUCAAAUCCCAAACUGAUAGAAGAGACUCACAAAGAUAUGCCGUAUCUUGGGGCUUUUCUUAAGGAAGUUUUACGGCACCACUCCCCAAUAACCCGCAUUCACAGAACAGCUUUAAAAACAGUCAACCUUUGUGGCUUCCGUAUUCCUGCUAUGACCAGUCUGAUGGGCAGUCAGCACGUUAUGCAUCUCUGGGACAAAUUUUGGGAUGAUCCCGAAAAGUUUGAACCAGACCGGUUCCUGACAUCAACUCCAAAACCCUAUACCUACGUUCCCUUCUUCUUGGGACCCCGGGCAUGUACAGGCAAGGACUUUGCUAUUCUGGAACUAAAGUGUUUCUUGUGCGAACUUUUAAGUAGAUUUACAGUUGAGUUGGAUCCGAAUGCUCCACCGAAACAAAGAUCAGCCCAAGUCCUCAUCUGUGUCCCUAUUGACAACUCUUUUAUUUUCAAGCCUAGACUUUGAGAGCUUAUUGUUUGCUGCGUAUUUUUAUGUAAAUUAAAUUUAUUAUGUUACAUACUGUUGAUCCUUU